AUGUUACGUUUAACUUAUCGUCUCGUAGGUAUCAAGAGCGUUCACGAGACGGAAUCCUGGUGCGUUACGUGUCUAAGUCGUUUACCCUCGCAUAAGGAGCGAUCACUACAAGAACUUAAAGAUGCAAUAGCUGGAAAUCGGCGAUAUUCCACACUAACACGACAUCUCUUGAGCUACAGCUCAAAAAUGGCCGGGCAUAUAACUGAGUCUUUGUCUAUAGCUAACGACGGAGAUCCGCCCAGUAACGAAGCUGUAAUGACGACCGCCCGCCCCGCGCCGCGCAAACAAUGA